CGGGCUCGGAUGAACCGAUCACCACGCGACCGAGAAAAGUAAGUCAAUGUACGAGUCAAGUCCAAAGUUUUGGACAAAAGAUAGGCUUUAUCAGCGAAGUGCGCCGAUCGUGUAGUAGUCUGGUCUUGAACAAACCUUGACGUCAUCCUUAGUGAGACCGGGGUCUUCAAAUGAGAGCUGCUCGGGUAAGUGAGAUAGGCACAAAGGAUGCACCCCUCGCCUUAGAUCCGAGAGCAAAUAGUUCACGUCGUGGAAGACGGAUAUAUAGGAGUGCGUCAAGAUGGACGGCUUACCUCGGCCUCGCGAAUAGUAUCGUCGCGGACGAUUUGGAGUGCCUCGCGGGGAGGGCUUACCUCAGCCUCGUAGAAGAGGAAACAAAAUCACGUCGUGGGAGACGGAUGAGAGUGCGUCGCGGCUGGAAAGAAGACAUCCAUCCCUGUUAUGACGUGGAGCAGUGCUGCUGGGUUUUGCCGGUGUUGGUAGCCACGACAGAGGACGGCUCGACGGAACAAAGGAGUGAACGGUGGCCGGUGUUGGGGUCGGGCAACCAGGUGUCAAAUGGACAGCAAUGUUGGGUAUCCUACAGCGAUGUUCCAAAAGAUUCUGAAAAUGUCGUUGUUGGCCCCGCGCUGUUGGCUCUCCUGGACAGCGCUGUUUGCAUGGUUCCCCCUGAUUCCAUGAACAGGGAAUCAGAGAUCAGAGGCGGUCAAGCGGAAGCGAACAAACACACACACACAAAUAGCAGAAAAUAAGAACACGAGAUUUAACGUGGUUCGGUCAGUAACCUCCACGGGUUGCAGCUAGGGUUUAUCUUUUAUUAGGUGCUCACAGAUUAUAGUUACAUGAUUGGGUAUUUAUAAGAUAUAAACUAGGGUUAACAACUUGCUAAACAAGAAACAACUAAUGGGCCC